AUGCCUGUACAAGCUCCACAAUGGACGGAUUUUCUCUCCUGCCCAAUUUGCACACAGACCUUCGACGAAACAAUCCGGAAGCCCAUCAGCUUGGGUUGUGGCCACACUGUUUGCAAGAUGUGCCUCAACAAGCUCCACCGUAAGGCAUGCCCUUUUGACCAGACCACUAUCAAUACAGACAUUGAACUGCUUCCUGUGAAUUCAGCCUUGCUGCAACUAGUGGGUGCUCAGGUUCCUGAGCAGCAGCCAAUUACUCUAUGUAGUGGAGCUGAAGAUACCAAGCAUUAUGAGGAGGGCAAGAAAUGUGUGGAAGAAUUAGCGUUGUACCUCAAACCACUCAGCAGCGCAAGAGGUGUGGGUCUUAACAGUACUACUCAGAGCGUGCUAAGUCGUCCCAUGCAAAGGAAACUUGUGACAUUAGUUCAUUGCCAGCUAGUAGAGGAAGAAGGGCGGAUCAGAGCCAUGCGUGCAGCACGGUCGCUUGGUGAAAGAACAGUAACAGAGCUCAUUCUUCAGCAUCAAAAUCCUCAGCAGCUCUCUUCCAAUCUCUGGGCUGCAGUGAGAGCCAGAGGGUGCCAGUUCCUUGGACCAGCAAUGCAAGAGGAGGCUUUAAAGCUGGUUCUACUGGCUCUGGAAGACGGAUCUGCGUUGUCACGAAAGGUCUUGGUUCUCUUUGUGGUUCAGAGGCUGGAGCCGCGAUUUCCUCAGGCUUCUAAAACUAGCAUUGGGCAUGUUGUCCAGCUUCUUUACAGAGCCUCGUGCUUUAAGGUGACAAAGCGAGAUGAAGAUUCCUCCCUGAUGCAGCUGAAGGAGGAAUUUCGGACUUACGAAGCUCUGAGAAGGGAACAUGAUUCCCAGAUAGUUCAAAUAGCUAUGGAAGCAGGUUUACGCAUUGCACCAGAUCAGUGGUCCUCACUGUUAUACGGAGACCAAUCUCACAAAUCCCACAUGCAGUCUAUCAUUGACAAGUUGCAGACCCCAGCCUCAUUUGCACAGAGUGUUCAGGAAUUAACUAUUGCUCUUCAGAGGACUGGAGAUCCAGCUAACCUGAAUCGUCUUCGACCUCAUCUAGAGCUCCUGGCAAAUAUUGAUCCCAGUCCAGAUGCUCCACCUCCGACAUGGGAACAACUGGAAAAUGGACUAGUUGCUGUGAGGACUGUGGUGCAUGGCUUAGUUGACUAUAUCCAGAAUCACAGCAAGAAAGGAACAGAUCAGCAACAGCCGCCUCAGCACAGCAAGUACAAGACAUACAUGUGCCGAGACAUGAAACAGAGAGGAGGAUGCCCCCGAGGGGCCAGCUGCACCUUUGCACAUUCACAGGAGGAGCUAGAAAAAUUCCGUAAAAUGAACAAGCGUCUGGUUCCCAGAAGACCCCUGAGUGCCUCCCUGGGCCAGCUGAAUGAGGUGGGCCUACCUUCAGGAGCUAUCCUCUCGGAGGAAGGGGGAGUGGACUUGCCCAAUAGGAAAACUUCCGCUCUGCCAAAUGGAAUUGUGUCAACAGGCAGCACGGUGACGCAACUUAUUUCUCGAGGGACAGACUCCGGUUAUGAAACUGCUCUGAAGCCAGGGAAGAUGGACCAUCUGAGCAGCAGUGCCCCUGGAUCCCCUCCUGACUUAUUGGAAUCUGUGCCCAAGAGCUCUAUUUCUGCCUUACCAGUGAACCCUCAUCCUGUGCCCGCUCGGGCACCAACAGAUCUGCCUUCAGUGUCUGUCACCAAGCAGUUGCAAAUGGUACCACGAGGGUCUCAAUUGUAUAAUACUCAGCAAGCAGAUAUGUUUUAUCAAGAUCCUCGAGGAGCUGCCCCACCAUUUGAACCAGCACCCUACCAACAAGGAGUUUACUAUCCUCCUCAGUCCAUGUCUCGCUUUGUCCGACCUCCUCCAUCAGCUCCUGAACCUGGUCCCCCUUAUUUAGACCAUUACCCACCCUACCUUCAGGAUCGUGUGGUGAGCCCACAGUACACGCAACCCCAGCAGUAUCCUCCCAUGGGACAACCCAUAUACCCACCACACUACGACAGCCGUCGCGUAUAUCCCCCUGUCCAGCCGUAUCAGCGAGAGGAGAUUGUCCGAGGAAGCCCAGUACCCAUUGAAAUUCCACAAGCAGCUGUACCUUCCUACGUACCUGAAUCCAGAGACAGAUACCAGCAAACAGAGGGUUAUUGCCCAGUGGCUCCACAUCUCAGUCAGAUUAGACCUUCAUGCCACAGGGUAUGAAGAUGCGUAACAUUGCUGUCUUCAUUUCAGCCUCAUCCUAGCCUGGAUGAACUUCACCGUCGAAGGAAAGAGAUCAUGGCCCAGCUAGAAGAGAGGAAGGUGAUUUCUCCACCUCCUUUUGCACCAUCACCAACCCUGCCUCAUCCUUUUCAUUCAGAGGAGUACUUGGAUGAAGACCUGAAGGUAGCUGGGAAAUACAAAGGAAAUGACUACAGCCAGUACUCUCCCUGGUCCUGUGACACCAUCGGCUCCUACAUUGGAACCAAAGAUGCAAAACCCAAAGAUGUUGUGGCAGCAAGGAGUGUGGAGAUGGCGAAUGUAGAUAGCAAAGCCAUGCGUGACCAGCGAUUAGAUAUGCAACGAAGAGCAGCAGAGACUGGUGAUGAUGACCUCAUUCCAUUUGGAGACCGACCAACUGUGUCAAGAUUUGGGGCUAUUUCUCGUACUUCCAAAGCGAUGUACCAGAAUUCUGGUCCCAUGCAGGCCAUGGCGGUUCAGGGAGCUACCACCAAAUCAAUCAUUUCAGACUACAGUCCUUACGGAACUCACGGUGGCUGGGGAGGCUCUCCAUAUUCUCCUCAUCAAAAUAUACCUUCUCAGGGACGUUUCAAUGACAGGGAGAGACUGUCCAUGUCAGAUGUGGCUGGUCAUGGGAAACAGUUGCCCUCAGCUGAACGAGAGCAGCAGCUGCGCAUGGAGCUGCAGCAAGUAGACCAUCAGAUUAGCCAGCAGACACAAAUGCGAGGACUAGAGGCUGUUAGUAACAGGCUGCUGUUGCAGAGGGAGGCGACUACCCUGGCAGGCCAACCACAGCCCCCACCCCCACCUCCCAAGUGGUCUGGGAUGAUCUCAAGUGAACAGCUGAGCUUGGAGCUACACCAGGUGGAAAGGGAAAUUGGGAAGAGAACCCGUGAGCUGAGCAUGGAGAGCCAGUCAUCACUGGAUAUAAAAAACAAACUGGGCACCACUAAACAGACAGAAAAUGGACAAUUAGAACCACAAAGCAAGGUUCCGGCUGAGGACCUCACAUUGACAUUCAGCAGUGAUGUUCCGAAUGGAUCAGCCUUGACACAAGAGAACAUUGGCCUCCUGUCAAACAAGACAGCUUCUCUCAGCUUGUCAGAGGACCCUGAGGGAGGAGGAGACAACCACGACUCCCAGAGAGCAGGAGUUACGCCCACGUCUGCUCCAUGA